AAUGUGGAGCCUGACUGAAAGCCUUGUGGAGCUCCUGCAGGACACAGAUGGAGAAAUAGUUUGCAUGACGGUCAUGCUACUCAGCUUUAUAAUCUUGGACAAUGACACGCUGAUAGCCGGCCCCAUCACACUGCAGCUGGUUGAGGCGCUCCUGCCACUCUUUGACCACGACAAUAACCAGGUGCAGCUGCUCUCCAUACUGCUCUUCAGAACGUUGGUGACGCUUCCACGGAAAAAGGAAAAAAAGGCCCUGAAGACACCCCUGCGGCAGAGCCUGCUGUCACUCUUCUUCCACUGCCAUGAUGAGAAUCGGCUUGUGGCACAGGUUUCUCAGGAAACGCUUCUUUGUGUGGCCGAGCUCCUGAAGAGGAGGGAUCUUGAAAAACAGCUGAAGAACAAGAAGCUGUGGAAGUUCACCGAGUGCCUGCUGGCAGAGGACACGAGCCGAGCGGCCGAGCACCUGCGCCGGGCCCUGCCGUACCUGCGGAACCCACAGGAGUCCCUGCGAGCGGCGGCCAUCAGGUUCACGGGUGAGCCACGAGCCCGGACUCCCUCACCGGCCCGCCGCAGCUCGGCCCCAGCCCCGCCCGCUGCCCCGGCAGCGCCGUCCGGGCCCGGCGCCCCGGAGCCCCGCCUGGGCUCGGCGCUGCUGCCAGCCUCUGGCAGCCGUGCCCUCGGGCGGCAGCGCAUGGCCGGGCGGCACCUGAGGGGGAAGAGGGAAGAGCUCCAGCUCAUCUGCAGCGCCCUUGAACACCUGACAGAGGACAUCAGCAGUGCCGUGUCAGACGCGGCACGUCAAACAUUGGAUGUCCUCCGGGCACUGCAGAGUGAGGGAUACUCUGUCUUCCAGAGGCUGCAGGAUCAGCUCCGCAGGGCAUGGAGGACACGGCCUCGUCUGUCGGGGCUGGGCUGCCUGCGCUGCUGGAGCUCUGCAGAGAGCUGA